AAUAAGGGAAAGCAGUGCACUGCACUGCACUGCACUGCACAUCUCUGAAGACCAGCAUCAGAAAGCCAGAAAGAUGGAGGGACGGUUUCUAGGGUGCAUUUUGCUCAUAAACUUCAUCCAGAGUGCAUUCGCUUCCAAAUUACCCCCUAAAGAAAGCUGCCUUCUCCCAGUGGCCGAAGGAUCAUGUUCAGAUGAUUUGCCCCGUUUUUACUACAACACCCUGACUCAGGAAUGUGAGGAGUUCCGCUACGGGGGCUGCGACGGAAACGCCAACAACUUCGCGUCUGUAGUGGAGUGUCGGAAAACCUGCUACACGAUUCCGAAAAUUCCCAAAAUCUGCCGCCUUCCAAUGGAUACGGGGCUAUGCUUUGCCUUUUUCAAGCGCUACUUUUUCAACAUGACCUCCAUGCAGUGUGAAGAGUUCAUCUACGGCGGCUGCCGAGGAAAUGACAACAAAUUCCAAAAUCGUUACAUGUGCAUGGAAUACUGCAAUCCUAAAAAGCCUGCCCCUGUGAUUUGCCUUGGUGGCAUGGACAAAGGAACAGGCAAUGCCUCUAUAACAAGAUACUACUACGACUCUUUCAAAAAAACAUGCAAACGGUUUGAGUAUACAGGAAGAGGAGGAAACGGCAACAAUUUUGUCUCUCAGGAAGACUGCAUGAAAGUUUGUGUAAAAAAAAGGCAAUUACAAAGACCAAGUGGGAAACCUAGAAUUCUUAAAAAAAGAAUAUAGGCAUAACUUUUGCACUCGUCAUACGUCGCUCUGGAUAACAGCGUCUGCUAAAUGCCAUGUAAUGCAAUUAUAAUGCGAAGCAGGCUUUAUUUCUCCAACAGGCUGUGCUAGUGGAAGCACACAUGCUUUCUAAUCUCAAUAUAAUGUGAAUCCAUUGUACUACAUGUUCGGUUCAAUAUUUGAUGGCAGUAUGUAAUUUUACAUAUGCAGAGAAGUUGCAUACUCUACACACACAUACUGUGAAUUAAUUAUACUGAAUAAUUUUUAUCAUGGAAUUAAUUUUUUUGAACUUUUGUAGUAUAAAUGUUGAUAUUCAUAAAUGACCUUGUAUAUAUUUGUAAUAAUAUUUGCAUAUUGCUUUAAUAUCGUAUUAAUUUUACAUUGUGUACAUUAAAGUAUUUUAGUUUCUCUGUAAUAACUAUAUGGUAUUGUAUUUUAAUCGUGUGUGUGUGUGUGUGUGUGUGUGUGUGUGUGUGUGUGUGUGUGUG